CGUCACCGUCGACAGACAGCCGCGCGCUCGCGAAACACCGCCGAAAUAAUACGCACGUCGCUUGUGCCGAAAGAUAAUACACGCCGACCUAACCGGACCUGGCCAAACCUGCAGACCUGGCUGAACCUAUCACCGGCGCGUCGUCCACGUCCCGGUCCGUCAGGGGAAAUAACCCGCGGAAUUCACGACGUUUAUCCGCGCGCGAUGUGAUUCGCCUCGGCCGACCGUACUGAUGUGAACUAUGACCGCGGUGGCCGUCGUCCGUGUUGCAGGUCAUGGACCGGACAACCGCGCGCUCCGGAGUACUUUGGUCACUUAUGCUGUUGCUGCUACCAUUGUCGCCACUGUUGACCGCGGUGGCCGCGCAGGCGACAAUGGUUGGCAACGCCGGUGGCCCGUGGCGUCCGCAGAGGUUUUCCGCAUCGGACGCCGUCGUCGACCCAGACGACCGGUCGCUGGACAACGAGAUCAUCGAGGAUUACGCCAAACUGCCGCGGCCACCGACACCUGGCGUCGAACAAUUUUACGAUUACACGGCCUCCUUAUACAGUUGAGUGGUCAUUUUUUUGUUUUUUUUUUUUUUUUUUUAAGUCCGGUAAACUCAACAAAACCAACCCGUGAAAAAUGCCAAACUAGGACGCCCUCAAAUAUCAAAAAUAAUCUAUGUACCGGUCAUAGAUUUUAAAAAAAAUGACCGGGCUACUCCUGUAUAACCAUCAUAAAGAGACGUGGCAACGGAUGCGAAAGAGAGAACGACUACAGUACAACAUAAUAUAGGAUAUGUCUGCUUAUUUUUGUUCUAGCAAAGGCCAAAGGGAAUUAAUAUUAAUGUUUAUAUCCACGUAAGAAGUUCUCUUGAUCUAUCCAUUCUUGGAUGGACUCCAUAAUGUGGAGGUAUCGACCUACUCAGGAUAUAGGCACUAAGUACUAGGGUUUUGAUCCAGAGCGAUUUAGUCAAAACAGAAAACGGUUUCUUGGCGUACAAUUCGUUUUCUCUGAGUCCAACUAUACCCAUAUCAGCUGAUAGGUUAGAAUAAGUUUACACGAUUUAUGAUUUUCUUUGUCUGAGCUACACGAUUCGCUUUGAAGCAAAUCAUGAUAAUCGGUUGCUCUGGAUUUUAACUCGUUAGGUAGAUAUAUAGGUAUCCCAUACCGAUUUGACGUUUCAAAUUGCGAAUGGAAGGAUAACGUUUUCGGUGAUCAUAAUAGAGUAAUCAUUAUACAUGUAAUAUAGUAUUUAUGCACUCGCGUAUGUUGUAACUAUAUAACAUUAUACUUUCGGUUUUUUUUUUUAGAUUCUGAGUGGAGCGAAGAAUGUAUUGGUUUUACAAAGAUGUUUAUUUUUUUUAUUUGUUUUUUUAUAUUGUGUACAAAAAUUCGACUAAAAAUCUUGAUCCGAUUUAUACGCAUGGCACCAUUUCUGAAAUAAAUUAUUGUUCAGCUGGUACUUUAUGGAGAUUUUUUUUUGAUUUUCCAAUCGGUUUUCAUAAUAUCUGGGAAAAACCAGGAUAAAAUGUACAAAAUUAAUGCUUUUAUUAUUUUAUUAAUUUUGUUAUUUGUUGUAAUUCAGUUGAAAAUAUUCGUAGGGACUUGAAUUUGAAAAGAAAACUUAUAUUUGACUUUUCUAAAUGUGGUCAAAUUUUCAAAAAAUUUAAGCUAUCUUUGACAUAAUUAUAGACAUUUUAAUUUUGUGAGUUUUGUACGUAAUUUUUAUUCGGUAGGUAAUCUGUGGUAAAUUGUUAGACUUAACAGAAAUGCUUGAUAAUUAAACAGGAGGUGCAUUAAGUUUUACUUUGUAAUAAAAAAAAAAAAAUUUAAUGUAGUAAUUUUUUUUGUAAAGAAAUUUUGAUAUUAAAUUUUGACGAAAAUCUUUCAAGUGAAAUAUUAUGUGGAACAAAUCUAAUUUUUCUAUUUUUUGUUUUGAAUAUAUGUAUAUUACCGAUUUAAGAACGACGAUGAAGUAAGAAUUGAGUAUAUUUUCGAAAUUAUAGUUUUUUGAAAUUCUGAUAUUAUGCGGAUAUUAUAUGUUAUGUUAAAGAACUAUAUUAUAUGGUCAAAUUUAAAUGUUUGUCGAAGUCUAAUGGUUAUAGAUGCCUUUUGUUAUCCUAAGGAUCACGAGUUCAAACCCGUAUUUUAAACAAAUUUGCAUUUAUUUUCUCCCUUUACCUAAACAGGGAGAAACCAAAUGCAUUUUAGGUGUACCCAGAGACCCAGCUAUCAGUCACUCGGACUAUUUUAAUGGAAAAAUACCCCUCGAUUUGUUGUGUACAUUUUUCUACCAAAAAUCUUGCUCUAAUAUUUAAAUGUAGCACUUUUUCUGAAGGAAAUCGGACUGGGGCGGUUCCUUAGGGAGGUCAUUUUUCGAUUUUCCCAAGAGUUUUCCUAGAAAAUGUGAAAAACCGAGAAAAAACAAGAGGAAAAUCGGUACGAUAUUAAACUGAUAUUAUUAAAGAAAAUAUAUAAUGCCUAUUAAAUUAUUUUACUUGGUUUAUUGUUGAUUACAGGCAUACAUUAAAUUACCUAUAACAGUGGCUGCACCCGUCUCCAUUAUCCUAGGAUGUAUUUUUUUGAAUUGACCACAGUAUUUUUUAAUAACAUUUUACGCAAAUGUACAUAUACCUACGACAUGUGUUACCGUCUGUAAUAAUUCUUCGCAGUGAUUUGGCAACUAUACGCUUCGUCGCCGUAUCACUAUUUUACACAUAAUAACCUAUAUAGGUACUCAUACGGUUGUAAUUAGAUACAUAGUAAAAUCCAUACACUAUACAUAUACAUAUACUUACUAACUUAUUAAGUUAUGUGCAUCGUGUUUUAGUGGCGAACGUCGAGUACGUACCUAUGUCGGCUAACCCGGUCACGUCUCGUGGUAUAUAGGCGACAGUAAUUUUGUGCACUGCAGCGUAGAAUAUAAUAAUACUCGAUUACGCAAAAGUCCUCUCCAAUUUGAUCAUUCACAAAUCACAAUAGCGUUUUAACGACAGCACAAAUGUUUAUUAUCUACUCAGACCAUGUUUUGAAAAGACCAGUUGUCUGAAAAAAUGUAUAAAUCAAUUAUUACUAUACGAUAUCAAUAACAUACCUUAAUAUUUAUAAACGUAAUAGCUGGUUUUGGAACGAAAAAAUUAAAAACGCAUUUUCUUGUGCCUCCUCGUUUCCAUCCCUGUCCAGUAAACCAUUGGUUUUCUAAUAAUUUAUUAAAAGAGGAUCUUUCUUUCCCUUGAAGAUAAAAUUAUCAAAUUUGUUUCAUUCGUAUCAUCCAGGUAACCCACAAUUAACAAAAAUAUUUCAAUUUUCGUAUCAAAUAUACCAAAAACCCAAUGUGAACUACUCCUUAAUGAUAGAAUUUUGGAAACCAGACUUCAAGUUGCGUACGGACCCGUUAAUACACUUCUGUACAUACAUUUUCAAACCUCUGUGUGCGAUAGAUACGGCUGUACAUCGUGCACAGACAAACAGACAGAAAGACAAGACAGAGCAUAGAAUAUAAUAUCUAGUUUAUGAAAUAUAAUGUACGAGAUGUAUGAUAAUAUUUUGUUUUAGAGCUAGUUUGCUAAUACGGACAUCGUUGUAAACGAAGUCUAUAGUAAUUUCUAUAGUAAUAUUAGUGGCGUCUCUUGGGGAGCUUUGAUCCAUUUAAUCUAAUUUUCAGUUUUAUUUUAAUUCGGAAUUUCGGUUGAUAUCUGGGUUUUGGGUCUGGAAGAAAAAUAUAAUCAAUCAAAUGUAAAUUUUAUGUUUAAGUUACAUUUUAAAAUCAAUGAAAGUUGAAUGAAAAAUAUGUUUGACAAGAUUUCGUUCAAAUAGUUUUAAAUUUUUAGAACUUAAAUUAUCGAAAAAGAAAAUGUUUUUUUCGUAAAAUUAGUUAAAUUAGGUAAUACAAGUAUACAACGUGUUGUGAUUUAUAAAAGUUGACGAUUUUUUUAUCUAUACAAUUUUUUUUCAAUUUUUAGAACAUUGUGUUUAAUAAUUAAUGAAUGGCUGAAUGGAUGUUUUGUUACAAUUUUGGGAUAUUAUUAAAUUCAGUUUUAUUCCAUUAGUAAUUAUGUUAUAAGUUGUCUUUAUUUUGGAAUAUAACUUAUUAAUUUAUCACAUAUAGACAUGUAAGUAAAUGAUGAACAAUAACUAUAGUUAUAAAUGCAUAAGUUACUUUUUUUGAUAACUUAUAACUUUACUAGUUAAAAUAAAAUGAAACGUUAGAAAAUAAUGUUUAACUUAAUUAUUUCUUUUGUAUAAAUAGUUGUAAUUUAAUUCAUUUAUUUUGCAAAAAUUUAAGUUAUGUUUAUAAGUAUUUGAUGUCAAUUUUUUAAAUGUUAUUUACGAAUUUUUUAUACAGGUGUAACAAUAAAUUGUAUACCGGGGUAUUUCACAUUUAUUUUUCUGCAAAAAAAUUACGUAUUUAUGCGUGAAUAUCAUGAUCAGAUUACCAGUCGAUUAUAUGGCCUUUUUUUAGGAUAACUUAUAGUUGAAAAAAUUGAUUUACUUGCCCGGCGUUUUAUCGAUAACUUUACCAAUAUAAUAACUGAUAGUUUCAUCAAUACUAACUUGUGAUCAACUAUCAUUAUAAAUCAUUAUACAUUUUUUCUUUUACCAUAAAGAAACAAUUUCACGCGAUAAUAACACCGAUAGAUUUAUUAGUAUAAGUAUUAGAUAAUAGAAUUAUGUAGGAAAAUCUGUAUCAUUUUUAUCGUAUGGUACAAUAAUAUAUUAAGUAUAUUAAUUUUGUGUUUUGUGAAUUAGUUUACGACAAGGUUAUUAAAACUGCAACCUACUUAGAUAUUUUAACGUAAUAGCGAAUAUUAUAAUCAUGCUAUACUAUCGAAAAGAGACAGAGGAGAAAGAUAAACUACAAUGACCGCCAUCCACCAUCGAGAAUAAUAAUAUAAUAUAAUUUAUUUGUAAUUAUUUUAUCGGCCAAUAUUGAUACGGAUCGAUUUUUUGACCUAAUAAACGAAAUUCACUUGCCUAUAGUAAUAAACGACAAAUAAAAAAAAAAUUUUUUUAAGCCCGGAGAAAAUCUUUUAAAACAUUAUUGUGAUCCGGGGAAAGUUGCAGACGGCUUCCACGACGAUAAUAAAGUAAAUAAGGUACCUACUAAAUUUAUAAAGACUAAAUGAAUGAUUCGAAAUGAUGUUUUAAAUUUAUUGUUCAAUUCUAAUUAUAAUUCGAAUAAAUCUUUCAUUUGAAACGAUAGUAAAGAAAAAUCGCGUACUAUGAUGAGUUCGUGGUUUCUAUAUUGAUAGGUACGUCAAAAUCCGCGGCGAGUCAAUAAUAAAAAGCAUCUGAUAAUAAAUUGACGUUUUCGUUCGAAUCGAAUGCAUUCAUAAACCGACAACACUCCGAUAAUAAAUACAGGGCGAUUAUUUUGUAUCACGAACUGGGGAUUUUUUACAAAGAUAUCGAGUAAAUCGAUUUUGUUUCUUUUGUUUUCCAAUCAAUAUUAUAUUAUUAUUCUUCUCGGGGUCAUCGAAUUACUUAUAGGAUUGCACACACCCAAUUAUCCCUGUCGUCUGUUCUUAUAAUUUCCAGUCUGACCCUUUAUUUGAAGAUAACACGUCUCUUCUCAUCACAUUUUCCUAUUUCAAAUGGGUUCUUCCAAAAGUUUAUUUUUCCUUCCAAUGCGUCCAUUAGAAUUUACCAAACGUAAAAAUAGAUUCUGAACCAUUGGAAGUGUAGGCUUUGUACAGUCUACUAUAAAGUUAGGUUAGGUUAGAUUAGGAUCUUCUACUGUUAAUCGUCACAUAUAUCGAAUGUGUCCAAUAUAUUACGUUUCGUUCCUAGAAAUCUAGUUCUUUGAUUUUUUUUUUCUUAUUCUCGAUCUCCUUCUGUUUCACUAGACCAAAAAUUUCCCGUAGAAUUUUUCAUAUAGUUUUUUUCCUCCAUUUUCCAAGUGAACGAUAUUAUGGCAUUGUGUUCACGGUAAGAUAAACAAUGGAACCAUUUUGAAAAUAUUUCAAUUUAAAUGUAGGACGUAGGUAUAUCAUAUUAUAUAAAAAGAAAAACCGAAAUCAAUCGUACACAAAACGUUCGUAGAAAAUUACCGGUUCGUGAUAAAACAAUCACGCUGUAUACAUUACAGUCCAACCCAGUGCGGGCCCGAAUAAUGGCUUGGCUACUAUUUUAUUAUAUAUUAAAACAAUAUAAUGAGGAGACACUUUGUUUGGUGUUUGAAUAUUCACAGGACAAUAAAGUUGUGUUCAGUAAAUAAUAAUAACAGUACAAAAGAGCUCGUAAUUAACGAGUCGGCAGUGUUAUCGAUAAGUAUACUGUAAGUCUGUGAUUGACACUGAAAAACACACCAGGCCUAUUUUGAUAUUAUAUACUGUUAUAAAAAAUAACUAUGACAUUUUUUGAAUAAUUAUAUUUCAAUGGAAAAUCAUAGAUUUUAUUACGGUGUAUUUUUUCUACUCGUAUUUGUAGCCUUUCGAAUCUAGGUUGCAGUAUUUUGGAAGUAAUAUUUUUGAUUUUAAUUGUAGUUAUUUUAAUAAUUUCAAAACUAGAGAAAAAAUGUAGGAAAUAUAGAAAAGUUUACAGCAAUAACGGUUUUAUUAUUUUAGAUUUUAUUUGUUGUUAUUUGAUUAAAAAUAACCACAGAAACCUGACAUUUUCACAAGAUACUUAUAUUUUUCCUUGAAAUUUUGAUUUUUUUCUUUAGUUUUAUGUGGAUACGAUUAUCUAAUUUAGUGACAAAAAAAAAAAUUGAGUGUAAUAUAGUAAGACAUGUUUUAUUUAAGUUCAAAUUUUGACAAAAAUCGUAAAAAUCAUAGGAUUUAAAAAAUAUGCUUAACCAAACUUCACUCAGAACCAUAGUUUUUCAGCAAUGAUUUAUCGUUGUGAAUACUGAUGUAAAUUAAAUAAGUCUCAUGUACACUACCUUCCGAACUUCGCAUCUAUCUUCUUUUUUUUGUGCUCAUGUAAUUUGAUUUGCCUUAUGAAUUUAGACUUGUUAUACCACUUAACUGCUGAAUAAAUAUGGCCAAUAUUCAGCAGCAGGAGUUUUUUUAGACCGACUCGUACAGUGGUACAUGGUAUUUAACGGGGCUAUCAAACAACGUUAUCAACGCUAAAAUUUAACAUCGAUAAAAAGUUAUCGAUCAGUUUUUCUCUACACAUUAAAUUAUCAAAUACCUAUAAGAAAACCUGUAAAUACGACAUUGGAGUCGUGUGUGAAAAUAGCUAUAUCGUCGCCUUUUCGUCUUUGUUUCAGUGGAGAAGAUGGUCCGUCGCUGGGCGCCGCUCAUAUGGCUGGCACCGGACGAACAGUUCCUUCCCGGUUCCGUAUCGGACUUUUUAAAUCAUGUGACGCCCAGGCCGCCCAGGACCUCACAGGACCCACAACAAUUGCUCCUACAAUCCAAAGUGCCCAUGGGUCCCGAAUCACAGACGUGGUUCUUGGUCACCAAGUCCGAAAUAGGUGCGUAUUAUACGUCACCAGAAAACGUGUUAUUCGUAAUAUCAAAUGAAAAUAAGUCGACGUUUUCAAAUAACUCAAAAAAAAUCAGAAAUAUUUUGAAAAUUAUGCGCACUACGUUCUGUAAAAAAUGGUAGUAUUCCGUUCCAAGACUAGUAUUGCAGGUCUUACGAUAGUAUUAUUUAACAUUUCUUACCGAAUAACCAACAAAAGAACAAAAAAAAUAAAAAUAAAUAACUUGUAGGAGGUUUAAAAUAAAAAGAAAUAAUCUUUUCCUUAUACGUAAAUAUUAUCGUAACAACUCUCGGUGACAACAUAUAGACUCUGUGGCGCUUGUCUGGGGAAGUGUAAUGCGUAUAACCGUAACGGAUAUUGUGUAUAAAUUAACGGUAUUAUAUAUAUAUGUGUGUACUGAAAAUGUUACCCAACGGGUUUGGUUAAAUGUUAUGCGUUAUUGUUUUUCACCUCCGAAUGAACACAAUAUUUCCGCGGAUGACUGUGCGGUUUCGAGACUAUACCGAUGGCCUCGUAAACUAGGUACAAGUCUGGGAACUAAAAUACUGCAUAAUGAAGCGAUAAAAUUAUGUAAUUUCACAUUUUUUGGAUAAUACGUCACGUGCAAAUGAUAAAGUUCUAUAACUAUUGUUUUUUCGAAAAAUUGUUUUUUAAUAAAAUAUUUUUUUAUAGAAAAAAAAUAUAUACAUUUUUUAAAAAUUACUAUGAAGUUUUUAUCUUAGUAUGCCAUCGAGAUAUUCAAAAUGAAAUGGUUUAUUUUAAAUAAUAAAAAAAAAAUUGAUUUGUUUUUAUAUAAACAAAAUAGAACCUUCUCAGAGUGAAUUAUCAUUAAUUUGGAAGUAAUUGGGUCUAUCUACUGAUUACGUGUUUAUAUGUUUUGAAAAUGAAAGAGUACAAUAUACAACAGUAGGUUCUACAAUAAUAUUAAUAAUAUAAUAAUAUUGUACAAUAUUAAUAUCAAUAUUGUAUAAUAUACAAUGUAAUCAUAUUGUGUUUUUAAACAAUUUCAUAUCAGUGACCUAGAUACUUUUCAUUCUCAGGUAACGUAUCCAGUGACCAGUGUACUCAAAGAUUAAUCAAACUAACUGAAACGUACUUUGUUUUAAUUAUAAGGGAUUGGGUACCGAGAUUUUUUAUAUUAUUUAUAGGACUAUAAAACAUACCCAGCAUACGAAUAUUUAGAUCAAUUUCCCUUCGAUCAAUCCGAUUGAUGUAGUAAAGAAGCGAUAAGAAUUCUGAAAAUAGAUUUCAAUAUUCAUCUGAAGUGUCGAACCUCUCGAGAUUGGUUGGACCACUUUUUCAAAUUUCCGUCCUUGAUAUUUAAAAAAAAUUAAAAUGUAUAUAUAUAUAAAAGAUUAAAAUUCAAUUUGGUUAGUUAGUCGAGAAGAAAAUUAAUCAACUACCUAUAGAUAGUCAAGUAAUCAUCAAGUUGAAAUAAAAAUUAAUUUUUAGUAAAUUAAAAAUAAUAACCGAAUACUUAUUGUACUUUAAUAUUAUUAAGACGCUACGAGUAUAAUUAUUAGUAAUACAUUAUUACUAGUAUAGUUUUGGUUUUGAUGGGUGUUUAUUAAAAAAAAAAUAACUUUUUUCCACCACAAUAAUUACCUUAUAUUAUUAUUUCAAACGUAUGUACUACUUUUGAAUGUUUUAGACUUUUUGAAUAAUUACAGUUUACAUUAUAAUAGUAUUGUAUGUUUAAAUUUUAUCGUUUUUAAACAGUUUCUCUAAGCGGUUUUAGCGAUUCGACGGGUGACCCGUCCGGUUUUUAGAAAAUUACGCGACCAUUAGGUAUAUUUUUGCAUUUUGACAAAAACUAUCUAAUACUAUUAUAGCUAUAAUAUUUUUGUCCGUGAAAACCGCAAAUAAGUGAAAAAACGUUUAUCAAAAUUACAUUGUUAUGCCGACAAAAAUAUAAAUAAUAUAUUGUUAUCCACUUACAUUUUACUUGUUAAUCUGUAUAAUAUAUUAGGCGUAUAAUAAAAAUAAUUACAGCUGUUUUACAAUGUAAAACACUUAAAAUGUAUAUAAUUAUCCGAACGUUAAGUUAGAUUAGGUUAGGUUAGUUUUUAAUUUUUUAGCAAUGGGGAAACAUUGUGCAAACAAAUCGCUCACUGCUCUCGGAAUAAACCAGAAAAACCAGGUGCCUCUGGUAUUUUUGGUUUAGAAAUAUGUCUUACAGGAAAAACUCUUUUGCCUCGUAGAGGGGUCCGAUAAAUAUUUUUUGCCGGAAAGAUGAAGACUUCCUACAUACCGCAUUGAAUGUUGUUUUUAGUAUUUUCUUCUUAAAAUGUAUAAUGUCUUUUAUGAAAAAAAGGUCAAAUUUCAACUUUUUUUUACUAACUUUUCAAUAUCUGUAUUAUUUGAAAUCGAAUGAAAAAUUGGAUUUCCUUGCGGUUUGUAGAAUUUUGUUUUUAAUCAAUGAAAAAUAAAGAAAAAAUACGGACAUACUUCCCACGAUUGAUGCAGCCACUGUUGUUGGUGAGAAGUUGGGAAUGUAGGAUAUAGAGGGGAAAUUAAUUUGUAUCUGUAAGCAAAGAUAAACUAUUGAUAAUAAAAAAAAAUGAUUCUGAGCAGAGUUCAGUUGAUAGUGCUUUUAUAGAUGCUUUGUCAACAAUAUGUGUGUAAUAUUAUAGUGAAAUAAUUUUGCAUUCCAUAGAUAUUCAAAUAAUCUAUUAUAUAACUAUUCAGAAUUAUGUUUAUUAUUAUUAUUAUUUAUGAUUGUGUUCCGGUGGUUUUAAACACAUAAACGCGUUUCCUUAAUCCUAAUCAUACUGUUAUGUACUUGUUAGAGCAUAUUAUAACAAUACAUAUUAUGGUUGAAGGGAAUGUUUUAUACGUGGUCUGAGUAUGCAAAAUAAAAAACAAUAGACUCGAUGUGCGUGAACCGGAUGUUUUUUAUUCGAGCUAAAAAAUAAAAUAAAAUUUAAACGAUACGUAAUUUUCUUUCCGUCCCUCGAUCUAUUCGAAAAUUGGUCUUAUAGUUGUAUACUUGCAACUUGCAAAUGUAUACUCUUCAUCAAAUCAUCUAGAGAUUAUUUUGCAAAUCAUACAAUAUUAUUAUCUGUACUUAAUUGAGUUACAGUAGCGAAAGUUUUUAACUAACCGUAAUUAUAUUAUUUUAUAAGUAAAUAGUAAUUUGUUUUCAAUGCGAACCAGAUUAUACUGUUUUUUUUUUUGUAUUUUAACACGGCCAAUUUCGAGGGAAAAGGGAGGGUUGAAGUCUCCCUAUCAAGAUCUUGGGUACGCCAUUAAGCAAAUUCACCAAAAUAUGUCAAAUUGAUUUUCAUUGUCAGGAAGUUGUUGUUGACUUUUGAUUUUUUCCAUGUGUUCGCAGGACAAUUGUUGGAAAAUAGCACUUCCGUGCUGUACGGGCAAAACCCGAAUGCGACACAGGUACCGGUGUAUGCGUAUGUGACCGAAUGUGGUCGAAAAAAGUUCCACGUGUCGUAUUGGCUGUUUUUCCCGUUUAGUCAAGGCAAGCCAAUAUGCACGCUGGACAUGGGCGUUUUGGGUCCGCUUCCGCUGCCCGUCAUCAACAAUCGAUGUUUCGGAACCCUUAAGGAAUUCGGUAGCCACGUCGGUGACUGGGAGCACAUGAGCCUCAUGUUUAACGUGAGUACAAAAUACGAGUAUUUUUUUGUAAGUCGUAAACCGCUAAAACGGUGAUUAAAGGUGAGCACGUAGGUAAUAAUAGCAAUUUUCCACUAUAUAAUAUACGUAGGGCCACGACGAACCAGAUGAAAUGUACGUAUCGGUGCACGACGCCGGAGCGUUUUAUCGGUUUGACGGUAAUCGUCGGAAGUUCGUGUUCGACCGGCAGGAAGUGCGCAAAGGAUUUUUACAAAAGCCGAAGUUCCCUGAAGUAGUGCACCUGACAAACGAAGGGAAUCACCCGGUUCUGUUCGCCGCCAAAGGAUCUCACGGACUUUGGACUGCUCCAGGUUAGUCUUCACGUCGAUAUAAUUACACUUUACAUGAGUUUAUUAUUAAGUUGAAAUAAACUCCUGUACCUACAGCUGAAAUGAUUUUCAAAAGUAAAUCGACUUUUAUAAGUAGGUCCUAGGCCUGUAUCCAGGAUUUUAUUUCGGGGAGGGCUGUACAAAAUGUAUAAACAUUGUUAUACCGUAAAAUAAAAAAAGUUGUCCUAGGGUAAUGGGAACGGGUGCAGCCACUGUUAUAGGUAAUUUAAUGUAUGUCUGUAAGCAACGAUCAACUAUUGCUAACGAAAAAACUACUCUGAGCGAAGUUUGGUUGAUAGUGUUGCUUUGUCAACAGUAUAUAUGUCAUAUUACGGUAAAAUAAUUACAUAUGCAUUUUAUAAUACUUUUUAAUACUAUUUGUUUAAUAUUGUGUCUAUUUUCCUGUUUUUCCUAUUUUUUGGAAAAAUCUUGAGAAAAUCAAAAAAACCUCCCCAGUUAGAUUUACUUUCAGAAAAAAUGCUAUUAUUGUAAAUUAGAGCGAAAUUGCUGGUUGAAAAGUUGUAUAAUUUAAUUUAAUUUAAUAUUGGGCUCAAUAAAACCGAAUACACGAAGCACUUUAUUGUAUAUUAUAUUAAUAUGGUUGUUGAAGACAAACGAUUUGAUAGCAAUAUACCUAAAUCUAUUAUUUGUCAUACUGACAUAAGGUCAGAACUAUUAAUGUUAUAAUUAUAUUUUAAAUUAAGUUUUCGGAGAGAAAAAGUUAUCUGUGAACAAGUUUUAGCGUUUACACUGAGAUCAUUAGUUGUGCACCAUGAAUACAAUUUAUUUAAAUCGGUUUAUAGUUUAGCAUAAUCAUCAAACGAAUUAAUUGGCAAAUAAAGUUUAGAGAUCAUCAGCAAAAAUUAAAAAUGUACAAUUUGUAAAGAUAUUGGUAACGUCAUUCAUAAAUAUUAAAAACAUUAAGGCUGAUAAAUUUUCACCUUAGAUAUGGAACCCCAGAUGUAACAUUAAUAUACGUUGAGAUAUAAUUAUCUAAUUUAAUUUGUUGAGAUCUGCCAAUUAAAUUCAAUUUAACCAUCUUAAAAUUGAACCAGAAAUACCGCUUGAUUCUAAUUUUUUUUAAACAAAAUAAGCUGGUCUACACUGUCGAAAGCUUUCCUAAUAUCAUUGUAUACUGCAUCUACCUAGACAUCUUUACUAACUAAUAUCACAAUAUAUGAAUAAUGUACAAGAUGAUUUGAUAUAUUCGAUUUAGCAUAGCAAAAGCCAUGUUGUUUAUCUGAAAUUAUAUUAGUAAACUCUCCUGCCAAUUUAGGUAGGUACUAACAUUUUUCCUAAGAUUUUUGGUAAGGUACACAGGCGUGAAAUAGGGCGAUAAUUACUGAUAAAAUCACGAUUACCCACUUUAAAGAUAGAGUAAACAUAACUAUUCUUCCACUUAACAAACAGUUAAUCGAGAGAUUAAAUUGGUGGUGUAUGAGACGCGAUAACGUAUAAUGGUAAUAAUCAAAAAUUAUUUUUGACAUUAAAUCUAAGCCACUUUUGUAGUCAUUGGACAAAUUGGGUCUCGAAUAGGUCUUGAAUUUCAGCCACAGUAAACUCAAAAUUACCAAAAUUGAUAUAUGAAUCAAAACCGUAAAUAGAAUUAUAAGUCUUAUUUAAUUGGGUAUAGACUGAUUUAAAAUAUAAUUUAAACAUAUUUACUGACUCAUCUAACCAAGCUACCGUAGUGACACCAUGGUAUUAAAUUUCUGUCUAUUUCUUACAAAAUUUCAAAAAUAUUUCGGAUUAUUUUUUAAGGAAGACUAUUUUUUCUAAGUGAUUUUCAUAACAUAAUUUAGAUAACAGUUAACAUUUUCUCCUUAUCAUACAGAAUUCAGUGUAAUAUGUAAUUAGAUAGGUUGACUUAUAAUAAUUUAUGUAAUUGUUUUUUUUUUUUUUGUAUUAUUAACGAGCGUAAAUCAAAGGAGAACCAUUUAGGAAACUUAUGAUUAUGUGAUCAAUUUUGGGAACCAAGUUUUCAAUUGUAUCUAAUAAUAUUUUAUAGAAGUUAUUCAAAGCAAUAUUUGUAUAAUUUUCCUAGACAUUAGACCAAUCAAAAUUAGCAAAAGUAAUAUGCAUAUCAUAAUAAUUAGCUUUUUUAUAACCCAAAUACAUAAUAUUCGAACAAACACGAUUAUCAUAAUUUGGUAAUCUACAUAAUCGAUCAGAUACCUUCAGAACAAGGUGGUAUUAAUCUAUCGGUAUAAUACUAUUAUCUAAUGGUAGAACAGAAAAAAAAAAUAAACAUCGUUGUAAAAUUAUAUUUAAUGUAUCAUAAAAUAACAUUUAUUAUAGUGUAUACACUAGGAACUAAAUGUCUGGAAGGUUAGGUUUAUAACUAAUAAAAGAUAAUUUAAGAUUAUUGAAGCGCCUUUCAUAGUCUAUGGAAACAUUUUUAGAUUUUUUUUUAAAAUUUCGGGGGUGGGGGCUGCAGCGCACUCAGCUCACCCUCCCAGUAAUACACUCACACUUAUAAGUAUAUGGAACGGGUUGAAUAAUAAACAUGAUUAUGAUUAAUGCAUUUUGAAUUAAAUAUCGAGAAAGCGAUUUAAUUGUAAGAGCAGUUUUGCUGCAACGAUAAAACGACGUAUAUAUAUGUACAUAUGACCUUGAAAUCAAUAAAAAAAAAAAAAAUUGUAUUAUUGUUAUUAUUUUACGUAUAAUCAAUACAAUAUAUUUCCUCUCGUAUGUGUUAAUUAUUUUAAAUCCUUGUAACUAUAUCCUUAUCCGUGCCUAUCAUAAUUCGUUUCAUGUAUUCCGGGUCUACUUAUUUCAAUAUAAUGUGGUAUUUUACGUCUAUGACACUUUAAAUCAAAUUCUCGUCGUGCAUUAGGUACCUCUAUCGUUUUCUCCUUUUGACUUUUAUACUAUGCCAAAUUUUCAUUUUUCCUUUAUUCUUUCCUGUACAGAUUUGGUUAUCUUUAAAUUUCUUAAAUUAUAAGCGUAUUGCGCACCAUAUUUAAAAAAAUUCACUAAUUUACUUUUAUUUUUUGUAUAUUAAAUAUAUUAUAUUAUUAUAAUAUUGUAAUCCGAUGGUUGAAUAAUGAUGGAAUUCUUGCAGGGAAACACAAAUACGUACGUAUACCGCGGUUGUACGACGACAGCGGUUACGGCAUGCCAUGGAAAACGUGGACGUGGGUGGAAGUCCUAAAGUCGUCAAAAAAACUUCCCGGCUGGAUGCAGUAUUACGGUAAAUGGGGUAACCCGCACAGUAAAUGUCAUCCGCUGUCCAAAGUGGGUUUGCAAAUUUGUCAGUUCACCGACGGGCCGACCGGUAUACCGAUGAAACCGCACGAUUUCCAAUGCCAAAACGCGACCGACUAACCGUAUCCAAUAGCUAGGACGCAUGGUAUCUAUAUAAUAUUCUGCCGCCGGAGAGAAAUCACUGGACGGACGGUCGCGAUGAAUAUCAACCAUGACCCGACUUUCGACGGUGGAACGUGUUCUAGGUCAUAUGUUGUUCUUGUUAUUGUUGUUUAUUGUUAUUUUUAUUAUUAUUAUUAUUAUUUUAUUUUUUUUUCGUAAACUACGCUAAACGUGAUGGGUCUCAGUAGUAUUAAGAACCAAAAAUCGUUACUGUCGUCGUACUCGUAUAUUAUGCAAGUAACGUUUUAAGUGAAAGUACUUAUAGGAGGACUGCCCAUUCCUCGGAUUUCCUGCAACGACAUUAUAAUAGUAUUUGUGAUUUUUUUUUUCUCGCCAUUCGCGCGUUUUAUUCUGUAAACAAACGAUUUUUGAGCGAGUGUUAUGUAAAUAAAAUACCUAUAAUUAUAAUAUUAAUAAAUAUUGUAUAUUUAUAUGAAAAAAAAAAAAAAAGAGAUUCCUGG